CACCAAACCGCAGCAUAGAUGGCCGGCGCCGACAGCUUCCUCAGUGACGUAAAUGACCCCUGGCUGAAGCCGCGGCUGCUCCGCGCGGUGGUCGCCGAGCAGCUACCGCAGUUGGGCGGUGCCGAGCUCCCGCCGACGGAGGUCGCAUCCGUCCUCGAGGUGGUGCGCACGCACGACCUCCUUACGAGAGCCUCCCGGACCCUAAGCUCCUUGAGGCGUGGCGUGCCGCCAUCGACGCCUGGGUCGAGCGGGUCGACGCGCUCGUGGAGAGCGACUCGAGAAUGGGGAUGGAUGGCUGUGAGCCUCAGCUCAAUACAUAUACAAUGAUGGAUAAUAUGUUCUGCAGUAACGAAAGAGUUGAUAUGGACCACUGGAGGAUGCAUUGGAGGAAUGUACAAGCCCUAAACUUGGUUCUUGGGCUUUGUUACUCUGUAGAUCAUGGAGUAUUCUGUCCCCCGUUCUUUUUGAAGGAAAUCAAGGACCAUUUUCUUGAGCGAGAACGUGUUUUUUUACAGCUUCUGAUUGUUUGUUGCCUUUUGUGACUGAUUGCAGGGGAAGAUGCUGGACGAAUUGGUUCCCUGAGUGCAUUUUCCAUAUUAUUACCAUGUUUGUGUUCUGUAUCUGAUGGUUUGCAUAUUGAUUAUUGAAUCACCCAAAUUCCCUUCAUAAGUUCAGAUUUCAGUGAAGGUUACAUUGUGCAAUUGCUAAGAGAAAGCUGAAACUUGACAACUUAUAGUGUGAAAUUUGUAGAACUGAUACUGAUCAGAUUUUUGUGUAAGGAUAUGGGUAUAUGAAUC